GUUCGGAGGUUCCUCGCUGUGCAGCAUGCCCGAGCCGGCCAAGUCCGCCCCCGUGCCCAAGAAGGGCUCGAAGAAGGCCAUCACCAAGACGCAGAAGAAGGGCGACAAGAAGCGCAAGAAGAGCCGCAAGGAGAGCUACUCCAUCUACGUCUACAAGGUGCUGAAGCAGGUGCACCCCGACACCGGCAUCUCCUCCAAGGCCAUGAGCAUCAUGAACUCCUUCGUCAACGACAUCUUCGAGCGCAUCGCGGCCGAGGCCUCCCGCCUGGCGCACUACAACAAGCGCUCCACCAUCACCUCCCGCGAGGUCCAGACGGCCGUGCGCCUGCUGCUGCCCGGCGAGCUGGCCAAGCACGCCGUCUCGGAGGGCACCAAGGCCGUCACCAAGUACACCAGCUCCAAGUAGACGCGCUUGCCCCGCUUCCUCAACCGACCCAAAGGCUCUUUUAAGAGCCGCCUACUUUU